UGAAAGUUUAACCGGAGCCGGACUUUCAAUCGCAACUUCGGCGACUGAAAAACCCUAACUUUUUUUUAAAAAAAAUCUUUGUCUUUUCGAUUUAGAGCAAUUUCCAGAACCAGAAUUUCAUUGAGAAUCUAUUGAAUUUUCCUGAAAGAAGAAGAACCCAUGGAUGAUACACAAGCCAAAGCUCUAGAGGAGAAGAUGAAGAGUCAGCUUAGUCAGCUUGAACUUGAGCACGCCGUGUUCGAGAGAAUGGUUUACAAGAAUAAGAACCAGCAUCGGAGAUGCUCUUAUUUUCAGUACAUUCUCAAGGUGAGAAGAGAGCUGAGACUUUUGCGAACGGCAAACAUGGAGGAGAUUCUGAGAUCUUGCUUUCAUGUCAUCAUCUCUGGGCAAAGAAGUAAACAAAAAAUCCAUGUUUUGGAGAGCUUGAAGUUGAAAAAAUCUGAUACUGGGAAACCAAAUAUCUUGGAACGACUUCUUGGAGCUCUUCGUUUACUCUCACAGAUGACUGAACCCAUCUUGAAGGCAGCUAGUGGGAUAUCCGUUCUGCUAGCUUGUUCAUUUUUCGUAGGAUUCUCCAUGACAUUUUUGGCGCUGCUUGCACGGCUCCGAGUGUUGAUUCAACAAAUAUUACUUGACGCUGUCUCAGUUUUCAAUUCCGUAACCUCUACAUCCUUGAAGAAACAGUCUGUAAAGAUAGCACAGGAUGGGGUUGAGGUGUUCCGAGAGUUUUAUCCAAAGGAUGAAGACUGCAUCACCUUGUUGGAUUGUGUAUGGAAGACCGACAAAUAUGUCUUACUUGAGACAUUGCAGAACCUUGUGACUAGUAAACCAAUAGAAGAAAAUGUUACUGAAGAAGCUACUACAAGGGAUUGUUUGGUGCAGUAUCAAACAUCUGUUUCGUCCCUUGGCGAAGAUCUCUCUCCUUUGCCUGAAGCAGCAGACAACAGUGAUGUUACUGUGAGAGAAAGUUCGACUCCCGUUGCUGAAGCAGCUACUUCCAAGACUAACAAUGCGUUGCAACCGGAAGUUUCAGAAGAUCCAGUAGAUGCUACAACUAGGGAUUGUUCAAUUCAGUAUCAAACAUCUGCUUUUACUCUCGGAGAAGAGAUCUCUCCUCCUCUGCUUGAAGCAGACGAUGGCGUUACUGCUAUAGAGUGUUCGACUCCUAUUGCUGAAGCAGCUGGUUCAGAGACUAACAAUGGAACACAAACGGAAGAAGACUCAGAGAAACCAGAAGAUGUAUCUACAGAUUCCGCAAGCCCCGCAAAAACCAACACAGACACGAUUAAACCGAGUUGCAGAGCCACUAAGGUGGCGUUUCUACCAGUGAAAAGACCUUUCUCUGCAAUCACACCAAACGCCAUAGAAGAACCCCCAAGGAAGAAACAAGAGACGAGCGAGAAAGACAAAAAGGAAGAAGAAGAUGGAUUUUAUAAUCUACUCAUCCGCGGAACACAUAAAGACAGUUUGUUCUAGCACAACAAUUAUCCAAAACCGAAAGAACACAAUGUGUGUCAAAAAACCAAGAUGGGAAUCAAGCCUUUUGAGCUGAGUAGCCAAGGAUCAAGUCACGGAUCUCUUCGCUGCUGGCUCUGUCAAGAGCGGUUCUUCCAUCAGCAUCUUUGACCGAGUAAUUAGCACCAGCUCUGAGCAGCUCCUCGAUUUUAGGUCUGUCACCUUCUGUGGCGGCUAAUAUCAACAGGAUGUCGACUGGGUGAAUGUUUAGGUUUAGAAGAGCCUCCAUCUUUGAGUAGGUACCUUCAACCGCAAGCAUCCCCAUGUAGAAGACGAACCUGUUCAACGUCGUCUUUGUCGAAGUCGUCGCGAGUCUGACUGCCAUAGAUUCCGGCACUCUCAGCAUCGACGCCGUUUUUGCCGAACUUGAACCAGCAGGUGGUUCUUGACCCGUUGGAGGGUCCGAGUCUGGCUGGUCGGAUCUGAAGCUUCAAGUUACGGGUUCCGAGAAAUCGAGAGGAGAGCAGCCUCGGGGAAGAAGAAGGAGAACGAUUAAAGGGUUUGGUGGAGAAGAGUGAAGGUGCGCAUGAGAAUGAGAUAGAAGAAGAAGAAGCCAUGACUGUCUCUCUUAAUGCUCUCAAACUAAAGCAAACAGAAGCAGUGGUUUUGUUAUCCACUCAUUUUCCUC